CAAAAGUCCACGUUGUCACUCACCAUGGCCGCCGCUUCUCCCGUCUCCACCCCCGCCGCCGGUGCUGCCGCCGCCGACAAGAAGGCCGUCAUCAAGCCCGAGCGCCCCGACGAGGAUGCGUACCACGCGGCCGAGGCUGUAGCCAAGAAGGCGGUCGAGGAAGUACAAGCGAAGCUGGACGAGGUCCGGGCAAAGAUCGACCUGGCGAAAUCCGGAAACUCCAGAAACCCGCGGCAGCAGGAGCUCAAGGUCGAACUUGCCGACAUUCGGUCUCAGGUUGCCGACAAGAAGGGUUCUCGCUCCAAGACUGAGGAGCAGAUCUCGACGCUUCAGGACAGCAUCAAUGCCCGCGUCAAGGAGCUCAAUGCGAAGAAGAAUAGGCUGCCUUACCGCACCCUCGCCGAUCUCGAGGCGGCCGUCUUCAAGCUCGAUAAGGAUGUUGAGAGCGGAAUGAUGAAGAUUGUCGAUGAAAAGAAGGCAAUCCAGGAGAUCAACAACCUGAGCAGACAGAAGAAGACCUUUGGCGAGAUGGACACUGCACAGAAGAGCAUCGAUGCCGACCGUGCCAGACUGAAGGAGUUGAAGGACCAGAAGCAGGAUCCCGUCCUGAAGGAGCUCAACGAGAGGUACGACGCUUUGGACAAGGAGUUCAAGGCGAUCAAGGCCGAGCAGAACUCUGCCUACGAGAACCUCAGCGCCCUCCAGAGCGAACGUGACCGGCUCCAGGCCAUCCGCCAGGAGAAGUCGCAAGCGCUCAAGCAGAUCCAUGGGGAUUUCAUCCGAAGCCGUAACGCAUACCGGAACUACGAACGGGAAGCGCGCAAGAUCCGCGACGAGCGCCGAGCCAAGGAGCAAGCCGAGUACCAUCUCCAGAAGAAGCGUGCCGUCGCGGCCGCGAAGCUCGAGAAAGCCUCGAUUCCCGCUUACGCUGAGGAGAUCAUCGCUUGCGAAAAUCUCAUCAUCUUCUUUGACCCUAGCUCUGCUGAGGCUGCCCGGAAGGCCAAGAAUGUGGCUGCUCCCCGUGAGCUCGCGGCGAAGGCUGUCCAUGAUGUUAAGCCCUUUGAGGGAAAGCAGGGCAAGGAGCUUGUCAAGGUGCAGGAGGAUUACUUCGUCGGCACCGGAGGAAAGAAGAAGAAGGGCAAGAAGACCCGUGCUCCCGCCGAUGAGACCUCCGAGGCUGCUGCCCCCGCCGCGCCUACAAAGAUCAACCUUAACGUUGGACUGCUCGAGGAGCUGGCCAAGGUUGAUGUGCCGACACCCGCUAGUGCUGAUGAACUGCCCCACGUGCUCGCGAAGCUGAGGGAAAAGCUUCAGUACUACAAAGAAAACCAGGACAAGGUCACCCAGGCGAACAUCGCCAAGGCCCAGAAGGAGAUCGACAAGCUUGAGGGGGCCGACGAGUCCGCCGAAGCUGAGGCCUCCCCCGUCGCCGCCUCUCCUGCCGUCGAAGAGGAGAAGGCGGAGGAAGAGGUGAAAGAAGAGAAGGAGGUGAAGGGGGAGAACGAAGAGAAGGAGGACAAGGAGGAGGCCCCUCCUACUUCCACCGAAGCCGUGUCUGAGGAGGAACCGAAGGAGGAGACCGCCGCCGAGUCGUAA